AGAGAGAGAGAGAGAGAGAGAGAGAUCUAAUGGACAAUUCAAACCCAGAACAACAAAUAUGUGAUUCUCAGGUUCUGGGUUCCACGAGCUCACUCUCGCUUCCUUCUGAGCCUCCUGAUAUUAGAAACUGGUUCCCAAGCUAUGAGUACGAAUCUCCUGUACUGGACAUUUUUGGAGAUUCUGUUUCUAAGGAAAUUCAAUUUGCAAAAAGUGAAUUGGUUAUGGAAGGGAGCGACGGAGAAAAAGAAGAAAACCCUGGUGGGCUUAAGAAAAUCAGGAAAAGAGAAGAAGAGUUUGUUGUUGAGAAGCUUUGCUCCAAUGGGUUUGUGAAAGGUAGCAGCUUUUUGGGAAGUGAUAAGCUUGAAGGUCCGUCUUUAAAUGAGCUUGCAGAUUCAUGCCACUCGUCUUCGCUCCUUUCUGAGCCUCCGGACAUCAGAAACUGGUUUGCAAGCUAUGUUUAUGAGUCUCCUGUAUUGGAUACAAGCAAUUAUUUUGGAUAUUCUCUUUCUAAAGAAAGUGAAUGCGAGUAUGAUGGGGUUGUCAAUGAAGAGAGCAACAUAGAAACAGGGGAGACACUUGGUGAAGUGAUUGUUGGAGAGAAUGUGCAAUCAGAUGGCGUUGCAAAAUGUGACAACUCUUUUGGAAAUAAUCUACAGAAACAGCAGCCUUCAAGAGAGGGUGACGAUGGGAUUGGAGGGAACAGAAUUCCAUCAUCUGAGAACAACUGGUGUUUUGGAAGGCCUUUUGAGCAAAGCUUGAAAGUUGAAAUACUUGAAGACGACGGAGUCCCAACCAAAGAUGCAUCCUCCUUGAUUCUUGAAGGUUCUCAAUGUAAGGCUGUGAAUAUCAGUGAAACUUCAGGCUGUGAUGAUCGAAAAUCUGUACAACAGUUUAUUUAUAAGAGAGAUUCAACACAUGGAAGCAGUGGCAAAGAAAGUAGUGAAGGAAAAGAUAAUUCAGAAAACGGUUUUGUUACAACAAGGAAUGUCAGGUUUACAAGGAUAAACAAUGAGAAUUUCGUGAGAAGAAGGGCAGAAGGGAUUAAUAAAAGCACAGUUCCAUUGGCUGGUAGAAAGAAUGGUGUCAUUGAAAGAAAGGUCUUAGCAGAAACAACAAAUUUUCAUUACUCUGAUGCAAUGGAGGUUGCUGGGCAAUGGCGGUGUCCUCAAAAGAGUAAGCCGAAUCUAGGACCUCCUUUAAAGCAACUUCGGCUGGAGCAAUGGAUUCACAGGAUGUGAAAGCUCCAUGAGUAGAAAUCUAGAUUGCCUAUAUUAAGGGGAUCAAUCAAGAUUGUCUCUUUGUACAUUCCUAGGCAAUUUGUUUUUCUAGAUAUUUCAGAUUUUAGACUGCUCAUAGCCUAAACUAUGUUUACGGAAAGAGUAAU